AAACGGUGCUCUGAACUAAAGCUUCUUGUCAAGUCUUUCCCCCUCAGCUCGAAAUUAGGGGUUUAGGGUUUUUAAUCACCCCCCUCUGCCCUACAAUUGGGGCUUCUCGAUUUCGCCUCUCGUUCUCGAAUUGAGAUUCUGAGGGUGUUACAAUCAUGUACGCUGAUCCUCAACAGCAACAGCAGCAGCAGCAGCAGCAGCAGCAGCAAAUGCCGCAGCCACAGCCACUGCUGCAGCAGCAACCGAUGGGUGCGGACUUUCCAAGGGGACCAGCACCGCCACCUCCGCCAAUGAUGAGACAACCCUCCGCUUCUUCUACUAAUAUUAACCCGGAAUUUCAGCAUCCUUCCGCCCCUGCUCCUUACGACGCUCAUGGAGACAAUUUCGCCGCAAAAAGAAUGAGAAAGCUCACACAAAGGAGGGCAGUUGAUUAUACCAGCCCCAUUGUGAAAUAUGUACAGGCUCGUAUGUGGCAGAGAGAUUCAAGAGACAGGACAGUAUUGCAGCCUACCCAGGCAGCAGCAAUUGAUAUGCUGCCAACUGCUGCCUACUCAGAUAACCCAUCCACAAGCUUUGCUGCAAAAUUCGUGCACACAUCUUUAAACAAAAACCGCUGUUCAAUUAAUCGAGUUUUGUGGACUCCUACUGGUAGACGUCUUAUCACAGGCUCCCAAAGUGGAGAAUUUACUCUUUGGAAUGGACAAUCAUUUAAUUUUGAAAUGAUUCUUCAGGCUCAUGAUCAAGCAAUCAGGUCUAUGGUAUGGAGUCAUAAUGACAACUGGAUGGUUUCUGGUGAUGAUGGGGGUGCAAUAAAGUAUUGGCAGAACAACAUGAAUAAUGUUAAGGCCAAUAAAUCAGCUCAUAAGGAAUCAGUCCGUGACUUAAGCUUCUGUAGGACAGACUUGAAGUUCUGUUCAUGCUCUGAUGAUACUACGGUUAAAGUUUGGGACUUUGCUCGUUGCCAAGAAGAGCGGUCACUAACUGGCCAUGGUUGGGAUGUGAAGAGUGUUGAUUGGCACCCAACUAAGUCUCUGCUGGUUUCAGGUGGGAAAGACAACCUUGUGAAACUCUGGGAUGCUAGAUCUGGGAGAGAACUUUCAUCCUUUCAUGGCCACAAGAACACAGUGCUCUGCGUUAAAUGGAACGAAAAUGGUAACUGGGUGCUAACUGCUUCAAAGGAUCAAAUCAUCAAGCUUUAUGACAUAAGGGCUAUGAAGGAGCUUGAAUCCUUCCGUGGGCACCGGAAAGAUGUGACUGCAUUGGCAUGGCAUCCGUUCCAUGAAGAAUACUUUGUCAGUGGGAGUUUCGAUGGGUCCAUUUUCCAUUGGCUUGUUGGGCAUGAAACUCCCCAGGUUGACACCACUGGUGCCCAUGAUAACAGCGUGUGGGAUCUUGCAUGGCAUCCUACUGGAUAUCUUCUUUGCAGUGGUAGCAAUGAUCACACGACAAAGUUUUGGUGCAGAAAUAGGCCAGGAGACACUGUGCGUGACAAAUUUAACAUGGCUCAGAACCAAGGUUAUGGUGAGCAAAACCCUGCAGCUGCUGGUCGUCUCUUGGGUAAUUUUGCUGUUCCUGAAACUCCAACAACUCCAGGACCAUUUGCUGGGGGAUUAACUCGAAAUGAUGGAACCAUUCCUGGUGUUGGAGUUGCAAUGCCACUGUCCUCUCUUGAUGCAUCAGCUCAAGGGGAGCAGAAGCAGCCUUUUCCAAUGUCAAUGCAUCUAGGAGCUCCUCCUCUCCCUCCUGGUCCCCAUCCCUCUCUUCUUACUGGCAAUUCACAGCAAGGAUAUCAGCAAAAUCCACAGCACAUUCCGCAACAUCACCACCAGACACUUCAGCAGCAAAUGCAUCCCAUGUCAAUACCUCCUCCGAAUAUGCAGCAACUGCAGCGUCCUUCCAAUGUACCAUUAAUCCCUCAUCAUCUAUCUCGCCCCCCACCUCAGAUGCCCCAGCUCGGUAUGCCUUCACCAAUGCCAGGAUCAAUGCCUGUGCCUUCAUCACAUCCACUGCAAAUGCCUGGACCAAUGGGGAUGCAAGGUUCGAUGAAUCAGAUGGUUCCUCAAAUGCCACAAGGCCAUUUUAUGGGCAUGAAUCCAAUGCAUUCUGGAUCCUUAUCCACAAGUGGAGCUCCUCCUCCAGUUGGAGGCUUCCCUAAUAGCAUGCCAAAUAUUCAAGGCCCGUCAAAUCCAAGUGGAGCUCAAAUUUAUCCACAGGGUGGCCCUUACAAUCGACCCCAAGCUGGACAGAUGCCAAUGAUUCCAGGUUUUAAUCCAUUCCAGUCUGGAAAUCAAUCUGGCAUGGCUCCCCCUCCACCACCACCACCAGGACCUCCCCCGCAUUCGCAAACUCCUCAAUAGCCCAUUCUUAUGCCAGAGAGGAUAAUCUUGUAGGACUGUGGCAGGCUGUAUCUUCUUCUACAUUUUCACAUUCUCAUCUUGUAACAAUGAUUUCUACCAUCCUCUUUUAUUCUCGUUUUGUUUUGUGCGAAUAUUUACCCUCGUGGCCAUAUUUUGUUUGGCCUAUCGACAGAGAUUAAAUUAUCAAACUAGAAAGAGAGAUUCAAGAAGUUUAAUGUAGUCAAUGGCAGUGGCAUAAUGAUAUUGUUGGUGAAUAGCAGCA